AUGCCAAUUUAAAUAUUCGUCAAAACAUUAACAGGAAAGACAAUAACUCUUGAGGUUGAAGCACAUGAUACUAUUGAUAAUGUUAAAGCUAAAAUCUAAGAUAAGGAAGGAAUUCCCCCUGAUUAAUAAAGACUUAUUUUUGCAGGAAAAUAAUUAGAAGAUGGAAGAACUCUUGCAGAUUAUAACAUUUAAAAAGAAUCUACACUUCACUUAGUUUUAAGAUUGAGAGGUGGUUAAUGA